AUGGCGUCCGCUUUGGUGGAAAGCCCAUCUGAACUAAAUCAACUUUUUAGGGACAUAUCCUCGAAGUUUUCUCCAGCUGAAUCAGAGGAUGUUGUGAAGUCUUCAAAACGAAUUUAUGGAGAGCAAUUUAAAUCGCUGGGAAAUCAAGAUUUGUUGUCAUGUUUGGAUCGUUUGUGUAAGUUCGGUUAUGUCUCGAGUAAAAAACUGACUCUAAUCAAGGAGUUCAUUGCUACAAGAUCAAACAAUGAGCAUGACAUUAACAAAAGAGUUGAAGACUUUGAGACCUCCCACCCAUCACAGCCUGAGCCGCAAAAGGAAUUACACGGAAGAAUUGAGGAGUUCAAGGAGAUUACGGAAAAACUUAAAAUGAAGCCUUUUGUUGUUAAUUUGUAUGGAUCCGCUGGAGUGGGAAAGACAACUCUUGCUAGGAACAUUUGUGAUAAAUGGGGUGGUGAGAAAUAUGUCUUUGAUUUAAGAGAAGCUAAAGAUAUGACGGCAGUUUAUCUGAACAUUAUGGGUAAACUUGACCUAAGCAUCCCCGUCAAUCGUUUAGAUAUGGGUACUGUUGUUGGAAGAAUUCAUGACCUGUUGAAAGUGACAAGCAAAGGUCCUCCUAUUCUUUUACUUCUUGACAAUGUGGAUCAGUUCACUGAAGGAAAGGGAAAGGAGGGAAAGAACUUAAGAACACAGUUUUUAUACUUUCUGCGAAAGCUGUCAGAGUUUGAUGGUGAGAAAGGUUCAUUACACGUGCUUCUGACUUCAAGGACUCAGCUGAAUAAUUCAGAGAAGGUGUCUGAUUUUAAGUUGCAACCUCUUACAAAUAAUUUUUCAGAGAAAAUCUUGCUACCUACAGAAACAUUUCAUGUUGAGGCACAGCAGAAGAAGAAGCUUCUUGACAUCUGCAAAGGAGUUCCAUUGCUAUUGAAAGGAACAGCUGCAAUUUUGAAACAAAGGAGAAAAUCUCCCAGUGAUCUUAUUGAUGAGAUAGAAAUGAACUCUAAAGAGGAAGCUGGAGUUCCUUUGAAAUUAAAAUAUGAAGAGGAUAGAGAAGAAAGACCUUUUAAUUCAGAAGAAGAAGGCGUUGAUGAUGAGCAAAUAUCAGUGAUCAGAGAAAUGUUCUAUACUUUACCAUCUGACACUUUGAGGGUUUCUGCUGUAUCAGUAUCCUUGUUUCAUGGGCCCUUCACUGCUUCCACUGCUGCUAAAAUUCUUGGUGUUAGCAUGUCAGAAGCAGUGGCACAGCUUGAAGGACUAGUAACCAAUGAAAUUAUUCAUGUAGUUGACGAAGAUGCCAAGCAGUUGAUGUAUGACAUUCAUCCACUUUUAAGAAAGUAUGCUAAAAGCAUUAAAAAUGAUGCCAUGUUCUAUGAAUCUUACACUGAAGCGAAGGGCCGAUUUUAUGAGCACUUUAUGUCAAAGAUGAAACGAAUUGCUGGAUUUAUAGAGUCUAGCUACAUCAGAGCAUUCAAUGAGUUUAAAAGAGAUCGUCCAAACUUUGAGUUUGCAAUUGACAUCUCUUUGUCACCAGAGUACUUCAGUGUUCCAGGUGGAUACCAUGAAAGUGCAUUGAUUGUUUCCCUUUUUAAUGCCAUGUUGUCCGGAAAGAAGCAGACUGAGCUGUUCCAUAGAAUGGCAGAAAUGUGCAAAGAUGAUGGAAACUUAGGUAUGUUUUUCUUUUCAUUAUUUUAUUACAAAGAAAUGACGAAAAUCCCUGCAUAACUUUUUAACUAGUUGUCUCAAAUUAUUUUCUAGCAUUUUAUUUUCAUCCUAAAUACUGCAGUGAAAAAUUUCAGAAUUCCGUCAUCAAAGCAAAUGCUCUCUUGUCAGUGAAUUUCUCACAGUAGUUUCACAGGUUACCUUGACAAUAUUACAACCCAUUUAUUUAAACAAAAUGGCCCUUUCCAUUCCAUGUAACUGGCAUUUGGAACUUACCAAGACCAACCAACACCAGUACCACUGGCCUUACCACUACUUCUACCAAUACCACUUCCGCCACCUUUACCAGCAGCAUUACCACUACCACUACCCAGUGUUGUCCCUAAAUUUUACCUCAGCAGGUAAGGGCCCAGUUUUGGCCAGUAAGGCAAAAAAUGUGCACCAGAGGCACACUUUCUUGGGGAGGGAAGGGGGGAAGGGGGGGUAGUCGAGUGAGGGACAUGGCCUCACUCUCACUGGGAAAUUUUGGAACUAAGUUUCCUCAAACAUCGUUCCCUCAUAUUAAGACCUAUUUUAUGCAAAUCUGCGGUUGUUAUCUUAAGAGGACAAAAAACGAUUGAUUCCAAUAAUUUUACUGUGUCUUCAACGUCCUCUUUGCAAAAUGCGUGGCCCAUAAAACAAAAAGCUGUGUAUACAUUAGUACUUUCCCAUAUACAGCUAUUUCGAGAAAGGUUGUCAGACAAAAUGUGCACACGACAAUCCCGAAGGUAUUAUGGGGUAUGAUCAAUAGACUGUUCCUGACACUAUAGCUGUCAAACCUACUCUUGUUGCUUUUCUAUAGCACUCGAAACAUACAUUCAUGGCCUUUUGUGCCAUUCUUCUAGAUUUCUUUAAAGAACAGUGAACUUAAAUCCACCCACAAUACCUUUCAGGAUUGUUGCGUGCACUUUUUCCAACAAGGUUUUUCAAAAAAGCUGUAUAUUUAUUCAUUGUCCUUGUGAGAAUUGGAUCAGAUCUCAACUUCCCUUCUUAUAAUCUACUUUUUUAAAUUUUAGUGAACCUUCAAGUUGUUGUAGUCGGUAAGAAGUGCUGCCUCAGGUGGUAAAUUUUACCAGUUACUGCCUGUUAAAGAGAACACUGACUACCACUACCACUACCACAACCACUACCACUACUACCACCUUCAUUACCACUACCACUACCACCACCACUACCAGUACCAUCAUUACCUGCACCUUCACUACCACUGCCACUACCACUACCACUACCACCACCAAUACCACUUGGUUUGUAAUUAAUUUUAGAAAUGAGCAUUAUUUUUAUGUAAUACUAUAAAAUGUUAUGGUGGUACAAAUAAAGCAUUCUACUACAACUACUAGCAUCUCCACUUCCACCACCACUACUAGUACCGCUACAACCACCACCACUACGACCAAUACCACAACCACCACCACUACUACCACCACCACUACUACUUCCUCUACUACUAUUACUACAACUAUUGCCACCACAACCACCAUUACCAGUACUAUUACCAAUGCUACUACCAGUACCAUAACCACAGCCACUAUUACUGCCACUGCCAAUAUUGCACCAGAGUACCCCAGUCAUCACCACUACUGCUUUUGCCACCACUAUGUAACACAGCGUUAUGUUACUAACACUGCCAUUUUCUCUAGCGCUCUGACAGUUGAGGUAUAUUUACAAAGAGAAUCAAAUAGACUCAACGUGCCAAAGUUUACGAUUGUUGCAAAUGUAAUGUGCGCCUUUUGCAGGUUCUUUAUUUCGCUCUCAGUUACGAUGUUGGGAAGCCAGGCUGGUCUCAGAAUCUCAGGGUGCUCAGAAAGCUUUUGAAGUGUUGGAAAAGGCAUCCACGUCAUUAAAACAAGUUGAUGACAAAUCUACCGAAUCUUUCAAGCUGACCCAAGGGCUCUACUUGUAUAGUCAGGGAGAAAUCUACUACCAAAACAGAGACUACCAGAAAGCGAUUAAAUGUUUAGAGUCCUCUGUAGACCUCAUGGAGGGUCCGUUAAAACUUGACACCAAUCUUGCCAGGUGUUAUAACGCUCUAGGCAAUUGUUAUUACGGACUUGGCAGACCGCAGAAAGCUCUUGAGUUCUACAACAAGGCACUUAAAAUGCGAGAAGAAUUAUCCGGCUCUGAUUAUCACUACGACAUGCCCGUUUACAAGAAUCAGAUUGGCACAGUUCAUGAGGACAAAGGAGAGUAUGAAGAGGCAGUGAAAUGCUACAAAGAUGCUCUUGAACUUUUAGAAGAGCUCAAAUGUUUGGGAUAUGAAGAUGAAGCACUGUUUCGUAGAAAUCUCGCCAAUGUUUACGUUCGCCAAGAAAAGUACAAAGAAGCCGAAGAGGAGGCAGAGAAGGCGUUUAAAAUCAGACAUAAAAUUCUUGGAAAUCACCCGGAUACUGUGCGAAGCAUUUUUCAACUGGGAGUUAUUCAAGCAAAGUUAGAGACUUAUGACAAAGCCUUGGACUUUUUCUUGAAAGCUUGGAAAAUGGAGAAAUUAUUGGGUGCUGGGAACCAAAGUGCGGUUUGGAGAAAAAUUAUCAAAGGCGUCUUUGAUAUGCAUAAAUUCCUAAAGAAGAAAGGUGCCGAAAAAGAAAAAGAAGAGUUUAGGCAAGACGCUUUGGCGUUCUGUGAGCGUUUCUGGAAAGAAGAGAAAGCUUCUCCACAGUUUAACUUUACUCCUUACAAUAAGGAGAUUAUUGAUGUCAUACUAUAUCUACUGGAGAAAAGAACCAGUAUGUUUGGAUUGACAGAUAACAAAGAAAAAGCUCUCAUAGACAAGUACGAAAGAGAAGCUCUUUUGUUCUAUGAUGGAAUGCAAGGAAUUACCGAGGAAAGCUUUAACAAUGAAUUUGACGGGGCCACAGACAAUAAACUGCUUAAUGAACUGCUGAGAGAGCGAACUGCCUUCUUGGACAAGUUAAUUGAAUUCUGUAGUCGGCACGAUAAGCAUGAAAAACUUCGUAAGCACAAACAGGGGAAGAUGGCGCUGUUUAAGAAAGUCCUUGUCAGGUCUGACUUUGUUGGCGAGAAGACACAGGAGAAAUCAACGCUGAGGAAAGUCGUAGAAGAUUUGUAUGAAGACUUCGGAGAGAAAGGAAGUAUUAAAGGUUUUCGAGAAAACCUCUUCACAACCUGGCAAAGGCAGUGGGAAGAAGGAAAAGGCAAAGAGGAGUCAAGAGAAAAGUUGUUGGCCAGAUGGAGAAUAAUCAAUGGCAUACUUAAGCUCUGCCAAGAACUUGAAAUGAAAGAUCUUCGUAAGAGAUACGGAAAAGAAGCUUUGAGCUUUGGUGCUAGAUUGUUAGAAAGUCCGCGCAGUGAAAUGAAGAAUGUUGAGAUUAAGGGAUUGCUGAGUGAGUUGAAAAAGGUGGCCUGGUCGAUUGGAGAUCGUAACAGAAAGAAUGCAUACCGCGAUGCCUUACAGGUAAAUAUGUUUAGUAAUGCAGCAAGUAUUAGUGUUUCCUAGAUGAACUUGCACCUUUAACCGAUCCAGUGUUUUGAUUUGCGGAUGUACAAGGUUUUACUUCAUUUUUUGUUUAGAAUAAAUCAUAUAUGUUUUGUUCGUGGCCGUAGGUCUUGGAGGCCGUCGAGAUGAACAUACCUCCAGACCUACUGUAACACUAUCAUGGUUCUGGUAGGAUAGUGAAAGGCAAAAUUGGAAAGUUUCUGAAAAAAUUGCAUUAUGACACUUUUGGCAAAAAGGAGGUCAGAAACGUUAAACUUAGAAAGUGGUGAAAGCAACAACAAAAGUUUAGCGCCCGUUUGCUGCUUGAAAUAAGUCUGUUACAUUGUUUUAAGGCCGUGUGCGUCAAUGCUUCAUAACUCGACAUUUAUCUGUUUUGCUUGACGUACUUUUGUUAGGCUUUGAAGAAGGAAAAGGAAGCAGGUCCGGGGCUAAUUCAAAAAGGUAGCGUAUGUCAUAUUUUUCCUUUUUUGAAAAACCAAAUGCGAGAAACGUGGGCAAAAAUGGUCUGUAUGAGAGAAGUUGUUUUGCUUACUUUACCUGUAGCUGUUGUUCUUUUUUGACGUUCGCCAAACAGUUGUCGUCGUGUUACUUUUUUAUUAAGCGCAAACACUGCUUUUCGUUUUGAUAUUCGUAGACGGUUUUUGUUUAAAGGAAGCUAGGUACUUGAUGUCACUCCCAUAAUUUUAAAUAUUAUAUUUGCAAUAGUUAAGGCCUUGUUUUAUCCUAGUCAUUCAAGCGUUGACCCCGCAAGUCCUUGGAGCAGAGAAAAAACCUUCACCCGAACAAACCCCUAAGAGUGGUAGUGAAGAGGAAGAGGAAUUUGAAGCUGAUGAAGACGUUGAAGCGAUAUCUUCAGGAGCCACUCAGGUAGAAGAAUCUGAGGCAGUGGCCACAGAAGUGCCAGGGGAAGUUUUGGAGGUAGUGUCUGAAGAAGAGGUUGAAGUUGGGUCUGAGGACGACACUGAAGUAGAAGGUGGUUAUGUGGCUGUAUUCGAGUAAGUAUCAUUUUUGCACUCAACAAUUUAUUCGUCGAGUCGACAAUAAUUAUUUAAACUUAUUUUCCCACUCGUAUCAAGUCGAUAGAAUUGAACAUGAUUACUAACCGCUCGGUCACACUGCCUCCCUUAAAAAUGUUGUCGUUAUGAGAAAAAAAGGUAAAGAAAGAAAGAAAGAAAAGAGGACGCACACUCACCAGCCGCUAGCAGGUGCAGUUGAACCUUCCACAACGACCACCUUGGGGACAGAAGAACGUUUUAGUUGUGGAGAGGUGGCCGUUAUGGGGUGAAAAAUUUAUUUUAGAGAGUACUGUACUAAGUUCAUGCUUACUUUAUCCCAUAAUGGUAAUCCAAUCAUAUAUAAUAUACAGAAGUAAAAUACACAAAAAACUUCAAUAAUGUUUUGAAUCAAAAUUUUAACGCGACAAUCAAUCGACGAGGUUCCCAACAUUUGGUAUAAGUAUCGUAGACAAUUAAUAUUUAUGCUUACUGCAGCAGUAAAAAUGGAACACAAUCAAAAUACAAUCGCCGCGAUUAAUCAUGCAACGCGCCAUAGGGAUCAAAUUUCAUAAUCAUUCUGGACUUUUUUAUCAGUCGCUGAAAAAAACUGGCCUUUGUCGAGAGAUUAUCUUGGCAGUUGGGGACAGGCUUUAGUGGCCAUUGCCGUUAUAGAGAGGUUUAAACAAGGUAUGUACUGUAGAUACUGUCCACCGGAACAAAAAAGUGACCGUUAGUGGAUGUUAGACUGUGUCAUGAAGUCUCUAAACGUCGCAAUCUAGCCUAUAACGUACAUGGGCCCCGUCACUAUUUAGUGUCCUGUCCAUUCAGUGUUUUUUCCAGUAGACGACGUAUUGAAACCAACCAACUGCUGACACUCUAAUUGAUUACAGAGGAACAGUAACAAGUGAAGGUACCAACUGGGCCGUUAAACAAGGGGGUGUUCUCGUGGUGUUCCCUCGUGAUGCUGUGUCUGAGCCUACGCCAUUAGUGGUCCACAGGUGGAAGUACAGUGCCUGUUCACCCCCUUUGCAGGAGCAUGAGGCCAUUACUAGCAACGUUAUUGGACUAUCUUCUAUCAGUGGCCAAGGUCAGAAAUUUAACACCAAGGUAAAGUUGUCGCUAUCUCACAGUGCGCCUGACCUACCUGGCUAUGAGCUGGUGAUAAAAAGGCUGAUUGACAAGGAGAAUAAUGAAUGGGAAGAUCUGGAUGAAACCAGGAACGUGCGGUGUCGACAAGGUAUAAAAAUCUUUACUAAAGACUGAAUCAUACAAUUCUAGAGCUCUGAUUGGCUUAGCCAUCAUGGUAUACGAGCCACUAUACCAUGCUCUCCAAAUAUGGUAAGUGUACGCGAUUGCUAAAAAUUAAGAACAAGCUGAACAUCGGUUGUUUUUAUAAAUAAAGUCGGAAAGAAUUCUCGAUAUUUUGUGGGCGUUUUUGAUAAAACAAUUAUUCCACUCGCGCUUAUUGGAUAUGAGAUGAUUGUAGCGAACUCCUCGUUGGCUAUGUACCAUUUCAUAUCCAACGCAUACUCGUGGAAUAAUUGUUGAAUUUCAUAAACGCAUAUAAAAGUUUCCUGAGCUUCAAUGGGAAGAGGGAGGGGGAAAAACCAAAGUUAAAUUUUCAUGAACAUCUGAUUGUCAUUACAGAGGUCGAAGACGAUUACCCUUCAGACAUGGAAAUACCGGACUUUUUCUUUCCUGUUGCUCACGCUGACAUCACUGAGUGCUCAACAUACGCAGUUGUUUGUCGUCUGAAGGCUUCUCCAACUUACACCAUCACAUCCAAAGGCGGCUCAUUCAGCCAUCCUGACUAUCCAGGCGUGACAGUUACAAUCCCUGAGAAUGCUGUUGCUCCUAACGCAGAGUUGCCUUUGGAGUUAAAGGUACGUUUGAUUUAGUCUUUUUACUUUCUCAAGUUGCAAAGCUGUAAUGAAGAAGUAAUGUAGGGACCAAAUCAGCGACGAGGCUUAUGAAAGUUAACUGAUUUCUGAAGGAGGACAACCUAAGGUGUGGUAUUGCUGGGCCAAGUGACUGACCAAAUUAUGCCCAAGUGGAUGAGAUCUUUACCACGUGAGUUGGUUUUUCGUGUUAGGGCCACGUCACUUUCGGACUUUGAAAGAAUAUAUUUGAAUUGACUGCUGGCAGAUAGUAAGGACCUUACGAAAAUACAACGGCGACGGCAACGGAUAAGGCAGUAAGUUUAAUCAGCAACACAACAUCUCUGCACGUUCAUCACGCUUUUUUGUACAUUUCUUUUCCGUCCUUGCACAACUACAACGUGAAAUGACCAAAUUUUGAGUUGACUACUAUCUCUCCGGCUGAACUCGCACGCGGUCCCCUCUCUUCAGUUCCAAACUAACUUCCCUACUUUCAAGUAACUGGGUGACUUUGUAUAAGGGCAAGAAAGUUUCAAAGGACGCGAAGUCUAUUUUUCAGCGACGUUUUCAUUGGCGUCGCUGUUGUCAAAUGGUGAGGUCCCUAGUGAUUAUUAGGCAACGGGGAAAAAAAUCGCUUAAAAAGUGACUUCGCGAUCUAUGAACUCUCCUGGAGUUGAAUUCUUAAGAAAAAUAUCCAAGUUUAAAAAAUGUAAGAGAGAUUCGUCGCCGUAUGUUCACGUGGUCGAAAAAACAUGAAAUUAGGCAAUUCCCGCCGUAGUCCUGCAGCGACGGCAAAGAAUCCUACAAAAAAGCAUGAUGCACGUGCAAAGUUGUUGUUUUGCCAAUGUAAACCUAAUGCUUUUUUGCCGUUCUCGUUAACGUCGCUGUCGUCGUUUCUUAAGCUCCAAAUUGUUUCUAACGGAACAGGUACAAGAAGUUCCAAAUGAAGAAUUUGAAGGAGGACAAUUGGUUCCUGGGCCUGUUCUGCGCAUCAGCUGUUCUGAAGCUCUUCAGUUCAUAAAACCUGUCAUCAUUCAAUUACCAAUUUCUCUUCGUGAGCAACAAGUCUUGACUCAAGUUCCCACAACGUGUCGCGUCAGAGUAUUGUUUCUGAAGUCUGAUGAUGGACCAAAAAAAUGGAUCGAAAUCACUGAUGAUCUUGUGAAACCCGCAAGUUUUGAUGGGAAGUUUGUAAAUAUCUACGUGGAACGAUUUUCUGGGUAAGACAAGAUGGAAGGGAGGUAAAUCGUUGGAAGACCUCAGAUAACAAUGACCUCAACCAGGCUGGCGUCCAGCGGUUUUAGUGAAAACAAGGGUUUGGGCGGGGAGCUCAGUCUCGUGGGCUCAUAAAACCUGGUCUUGGUCAUUCUUAUUUAAGGAUUUUCUAAAUAGCUGGUCGCACUACCUGAAGUAACUGUCAGCUCUCUACUCAUCUCUGUUAUUAAAUUAAGAAAGUUUCACUUUGCUAGAAGCGAAAAGGUAUUAGAAAUAAAUUGUUGUGGGUCAUGUGAUCAACCUUGGUGGUUUUUAUUCGUGUUAAAGUAUGUGUGGUGGAACUGGCCUGUGAUAAUGUUUUUACUUACUGUCACCAUUUCUGUGGUGGCUACUACAACACGCUAGCUCUUCUUUCUAUUAGCUCCAAGUCUUUCUAUUAUGAUCAGGAACGGUAUGCUGCAUAACAGGCAUUAUCAAGCGAGUUCGACGAGAAAAUUAGACCGAGAGCGAUAAAGAGGGACUCUGUCCCUUGCCCAUUGUUUUUUUUUGCUCUCCCUCCAACUUUUGCGCAAUAACUCGAGUGGAAAUGUUUGCUACGAAGGCUAUUAAAUUUUGUUCCAUUGUUAUGGUGAUUUGGGCGCAUUUUUCUCCUCUGGCAUUUGAAGAAUCCUUAUCAACCAGUUUCACUCCAAUACCUUUUUUUCUCUUUAUUUUAGGUAUUUUCCUCUUCUUGAUUUGGCUUUCUGCAGUGCUGUUGAAGUAGGAGUUAAAAGUUUCCUUACACACCUUAUAAAGAGUCCGCCCAGACCAGCAGACUUCGUCGCUUACUUUUGUCAGGAUAUUCCAAACAUUUUGUAUCUUAUUUGCUGCCCUUCUCACCUGACAGGACAGGUGAUAGGCGAUCUUAAAGAAAAUAACAUAACGCCUUUUUCCGGAAGUUCGGACAUAGACAUGAUUCCCGGGUAUCACAGAGCAUUUGUACAUUUAUCAGAGGGAAUAUGCCCAUCUAAUGAGGAAGACUUGAAGAAUCUUUAUCUCAUGUAAGUAUACAUGUAUAUAAAAACCAUAUUGCGUACAACUUAAGAAUGAGGAGAAAGCCCUUGGUCAAACUAUCGACCAGCGUUGGAUAUCACCAUUCAGAAUCGGUCAACCGUUUGUACCUCAUGUCGGAUGAUGUCCAAAAUUGUUCCCCCUCUCUGCAUCAGUGCUCUGUUUUACGAAAAUUUGAAACUGCUUAAAGCUACACGGAAAAAAGAAGUCGAAAGAACGAUUUGAGGUCACACCUGCGAAUGGAACUCGAAACCUCCUACACAGAAGGCGCGCCCUAACAAACUGUGCUAAUCCUUUUUCUCCUCUGUAUUUUUAAAUGUUGUGAGCCUUAAGGCUUCUCUUGUGUAUAGGGUUACUUAGCGUAAUCCUCUAUUAAGUCUCCCGGAGGGCUUAUUUUUUUCAAGCACUUUUGAGGGCGGGGGGGGGGGGGGGGUUGUGGUCGGUGGUGUAUUUGUGGUGUGUGAUGGGGUGGGCGGGAGGGGCGUGGGGUGUGGUGGGGGUGGUAGGUGUUGGGGGUGGGGGCGGGGGUGGGGGGGGGGGGUGGGUGGUUGUAAGGGGGGGGGGGGGUUUAAAAGGGAGGGGAAAGAGGGGGGGGCUUAUUUAAUUUAGCGAAAUGCAUCAACGGGAGCAAGGUUUCUCGAGGACGGAAUCGUGGUUAUCAGACACUAUACUGCUUUUUCUAACAAUAAGAAAAUGGUAACAAUUCUCCACAGAGAACUAGAGCAUAAAGUUGAAAACGUUCAGCACAUGAAGUUGGAGGUCAUGCGGCCGAAGACCCUGAAAAACAAUAUGAAUUUCCAGCCUGAAUAAACCAUAACCGAUCAGUCCAUGUUGAUUGUUGGUGAAGAAUAAGGAUGGAGGGGAGGGGGAGAGGGGUUAUUAGAGACGGGGGGCUUAUUUGAGAGGGGGGACUUAAUAGGUGAUUUACUGUAAGUUCAGAUUUUUUCGAUAAUUGUACUUCACAGUUCGAGGUUGUCCAAGGUUUAUAGAAAGAUUUAAAAUCGCGUUUCAACUACAGCAAACGUCAACUUGCAUUGCGUGAUGAAGUUUUCCUUUUAUUUGUCGUUUUCUGUUCAUUAUAUCUUCAGUCGUUUCGUGGCAGUUUUAUCCAUAAGAAUUAUUUUGGCAGUUUUCAUCUGCUUAUUUCCUCAUCUGAGAAAUUGCCUCUUGAAUCUAAUUUUUGCCUUGAUUCUAAAUCUCUCUAAUAUGGUGGUUGUAGGUAAAAUCGAUCUCAAGUUAAACCAUUAUUCAACCUAAUUUGAUUCAGAAUUCCUUUGUUUCUUAGCCCUGAUUAUUCAUAGGAGACAAAGGAAAUUCUGGUUUUACCUGAGAACAGAUUUUGGAUCAAUGGAGGUUUCCUGUGGGUAACUGUCCACCUACCCCUCCCCUGAGUCAAUAUUAACAUUUACUUCUCACUUAGGGCAAAAUUGUGACGUAGGGGAGGAGUAGGUAGAUUUUACCUACAACUGGUAUGCUGCAGUGCCUUAAAGGCAACACUCACUUUGCUCUGCGACGGAGCACUGGCACUACACACAAAUUGUCAGCAUUGCAAGUUCUGUGCGAUGUAAGGAAAUCAGGUUUUGCACGUUCUCAACCUGAGCGCUGACGCCUGUCUGAAAGAGGAGACGUCCGCACCCCGGCUAGCAGGACAUGCACAAAGCCGUCAUUCCGCAGACUAUGUUAAUUAAGGGAAACACUUAAAAGUCGCACAUUUAUACAUUACUUCAGUAAUCAAAAACCGUUCUCUGCAUGUCUCGUUUGAUGCCAAAAUAGUAAGUCUGAAAUUGACGUCUAAAAUUCGUCCUAUCCGCUGAACUGUACCGCCAACCUUUUAAACGAAAGGUUUAUUACAACACACAGUUGACAAGGAAGAGUCUGUAUUAGCGAGAUUGACCUUCUGUGAGAAUCUGUUGAUUGGGCAAGAAAUAAGUGUCCGUUGUCCGCAUUUACGGUUGUCCGUAUUAAGCGGGUUGAGUUUAGAGAAAAUGUAAGAGCUUUUCCCCAGGGGCAAAGAAAAAUGUACGUAAUAAUGAAGUGUUUGUAUUAAGCGGGGUCGAUUAUAAAAGAAAACAUGGAGAAGUAUUUAUGAGGCUUUUUUUUCCCGUUUAAUUCACUCAGGUUAAGAAUUUUUGGGCUCUGUAAUACUACUUGAUGGGUAUAUUCUUUUCACUAAUUUGCAGGUUAAGAGAGGAACAACCGUUUAAGAAAGACUUGCGAGUUCUUCUGUUUAAUAACAAAGACCUUGCUCAAGUAGAAUUUUGUAGGACUUCGGAACAAAGAGGGAGGACUACGUUGUGUAAAUUGCACUUAAAAAUUCCCACUCAAAGCACUGGUCAUACGGUAAGUUUUUGUGUCAGUCAUUUGGGGCUUAGGAAUUUAAACAGAUUCGGGCUCCUGUAAAUUGUAAAAUAUAAUUUGAUCUUAUAGAAUUUUAUUUCAAACAGCAGCCACGAAAAAUAAGAACUUCGUUAAAAUCUUUCCUGCAAAAAGGCUGUGAAUAUCGUAAUGGACUUCAAUAUUAUCCAAAAUUUCAGGAUUGGUUGUUUCGAAACUAUCAGUUUAUACCGUAAACCACGCGAAAAUUGCCACUGUACAUGUGAAGUAUAAAACCCACCACCACGUUGCGUACAGUAUAAAGGCACCCGGCCAUUGCCUUGAUGUUGUGGGCGUCGUACACAAAAAACUACUCUUGUUGGCGCUAUAAUUCUAUUUCAAAACUAAGCGAGAUGUAUACACUUAUAAUAAGGCUCCCUUGAAUUGACCAUGUAUAAAGAAAUCAACGGUGGGAAAAGUUUUUAAUUUGGGCAGAGUUCGGAAAGUAGAAACGAAAGAAAGUGGGAAAGAAAUUAGCUUAUCUGGGUAGCUGUUCUCUCUUUCUUCCCAUUUUCCUUGUUUGCCUUUUAAAAUCUCAUAUUCCUGGUCCUACUUCCUUAUACUAUAAAGCAUAAAGAUUAAACGCAACGAAUUUUGGGAGUUCUUUUACUUAAUAUAUUAGCUUGUUGUCUUGCAGCGGCUGCAUGCCACGCCGCUUUUAUGGGGAUAAGGUUCCAAUAAGCAGUGCAAAACCAUUAACUAAAAUUAUGUUUUGUACAGGCAAACUACGCUCAUAUGAUGUUAAUCGUUCCUACUCUUUUAGUGUAUGUUUAAAUGCAGUACUUCUUUUCUCUUUCUGUAGGUCAAGGCAAUUGACAGAGCGUCAAUUUCUUUUGAUAAAAGGCGUUUAAGAGUCACUCUUUUGGGAGACGAGUGGGGAUCCUCAAAGGGCGGUUUAUCUACGCUGAACAGAGAACUAGCAAAGCACCUGGCACGUCAGCCUGAUGUAGAGGUAACCGUUCUACUGCUACUUUACGAUGAAAAAGAGAAGCGGGAAGCUCAUGAAUUUAAUGUGCAUCUUGCCACACCAGACGUGCAGGCCACGUCUGAUCGCAUCAUGAAAUUGUGUUUUCCUUCUGAUGAUCUCAAUAUUGACGUCGUUAUAGGCCAUGGUCAGAAGCUCGGAGUACCAGCUCAGGUCAUAGCAGAACAGCGCAAAUGCAAACGAGUUCAUAUAGUACACACUGCCAGUGAAGAGCUUGCAAUGUUUAAGGAAGGCGAAACAGCGAUUCCUGAAGGCGAGGAAAAACAACGAACUGAAAUAGAUUUGUGUAAGGAAGCUGAUUUGGUCGUGGCCGUUGGACCAAAGCUAAAGGAAGCUGUCUCAGCCAAACUUCGGUUGUACGGUAGAGAUGAAGAUGUGAUAAAUAUCACACCUGGAAUUUUUUCGGAGUUCGCAGAGUCGGAGCAAGCCAGUCAGGAGAGAGAAGAGUUCCGCAUCUUAGUGUUUGGUCGGGGUGACUCGAAAGAUUUUAAACUAAAGGGAUACGAUAUAGCUGCUAAAGCUAUAGCAGGGUUAAAGAACAAAACCUACCGUCUAAUAUUUGUCGGGGCACCAAAUGGGAAAGAAAAAGAAGUAACAGACGAAUUUUUGAAAUGUGGCAUUCCUUCCUCUCAGCUAAUUGUGCAGGGCUUUGUUAAGAAUCGCGACACACUUAAGCCUUUCUUUUUCGAGGCGGAUCUCGCUGUUAUGCCGUCUCGAACGGAAGGCUUCGGCCUCACUGCUCUUGAAGCACUUUCCGCUGGACUUCCGAUUUUGGUGAGCGAAAAUUCGGGAAUCGGAAAAGCUAUUAAAACUAUUCCUUUUGGAAGGGCAUUUUUGGUUGAUUCUGACAAUGCCGAAGAAUGGGGCAAAGCUAUUAGUCGUGUGAGGGAAACGCCAAGGGAAAUCCGGCUAAAAGAAGCUUGCUCUCUCCGAGAGGCCUACGACAAAAAGUACAAGUGGGAGACAGAAUGUGAGAAGCUGGUAAAAAAAAUGCGAGCUUCUUUUUUAAUUCACUCUGGGUCUAAAAACUUUAGUGGUGUGUUUCGUCGUUUCUUAUCCGUUUAA